AUGGCCGAUGCUGCAGACCUGGCACGGGCCACGCGCGGCAUUGUCACCUCCCCGGGGGCCCCGAGCCCCCGGAUGCUGCUGGGGACCCUCUGGCCGGGAAGGAGCCGUCCCCACCCACGGCAGGGCGGGACGUUGGAGGGGCAGGACCCACACCCACCCCCCCCCCCCCCCCCCCCCCCCCCCCCCCCCCCCCCCCCCCCCCCCCCCCCCCCCCCCCCCCCCCCCCCCCCCCCCCCCCCCCCCCCCCCCCCCCCCCCCCCCCCCCCCCCCCCCCCCCCCCCCCCCCCCCCCCCCCCCCCCCCCCCCCCCCCCCCCCCCCCCCCCCCCCCCCCCCCCCCCCCCCCCCCCCCCCCCCCCCCCCCCCCCCCCCCCCCCCCCCCCCCCCCCCCCCCCCCCCCCCCCCCCCCCCCCCCCCCCCCCCCCCCCCCCCCCCCCCCCCCCCCCCCCCCCCCCCCCCCCCCCCCCCCCCCCCCCCCCCCCCCCCCCCCCCCCCCCCCCCCCCCCCCCCCCCCCCCCCCCCCCCCCCCCCCCCCCCCCCCCCCCCCCCCCCCCCCCCCCCCCCCCCCCCCCCCCCCCCCCCCCCCCCCCCCCCCCCCCCCCCCCCCCCCCCCCCCCCCCCCCCCCCCCCCCCCCCCCCCCCCCCCCCCCCCCCCCCCCCCCCCCCCCCCCCCCCCCCCCCCCCCCCCCCCCCCCCCCCCCCCCCCCCCCCCCCCCCCCCCCCCCCCCCCCCCCCCCCCCCCCCCCCCCCCCCCCCCCCCCCCCCCCCCCCCCCCCCCCCCCCCCCCCCCCCCCCCCCCCCCCCCCCCCCCCCCCCCCCCCCCCCCCCCCCCCCCCCCCCCCCCCCCCCCCCCCCCCCCCCCCCCCCCCCCCCCCCCCCCCCCCCCCCCCCCCCCCCCCCCCCCCCCCCCCCCCCCCCCCCCCCCCCCCCCCCCCCCCCCCCCCCCCCCCCCCCCCCCCCCCCCCCCCCCCCCCCCCCCCCCCCCCCCCCCCCCCCCCCCCCCCCCCCCCCCCCCCCCCCCCCCCCCCCCCCCCCCCCCCCCCCCCCCCCCCCCCCCCCCCCCCCCCCCCCCCCCCCCCCCCCCCCCCCCCCCCCCCCCCCCCCCCCCCCCCCCCCCCCCCCCCCCCCCCCCCCCCCCCCCCCCCCCCCCCCCCCCCCCCCCCCCCCCCCCCCCCCCCCCCCCCCCCCCCCCCCCCCCCCCCCCCCCCCCCCCCCCCCCCCCCCCCCCCCCCCCCCCCCCCCCCCCCCCCCCCCCCCCCCCCCCCCCCCCCCCCCCCCCCCCCCCCCCCCCCCCCCCCCCCCCCCCCCCCCCCCCCCCCCCCCCCCCCCCCCCCCCCCCCCCCCCCCCCCCCCCCCCCCCCCCCCCCCCCCCCCCCCCCCCCCCCCCCCCCCCCCCCCCCCCCCCCCCCCCCCCCCCCCCCCCCCCCCCCCCCCCCCCCCCCCCCCCCCCCCCCCCCCCCCCCCCCCCCCCCCCCCCCCCCCCCCCCCCCCCCCCCCCCCCCCCCCCCCCCCCCCCCCCCCCCCCCCCCCCCCCCCCCCCCCCCCCCCCCCCCCCCCCCCCCCCCCCCCCCCCCCCCCCCCCCCCCCCCCCCCCCCCCCCCCCCCCCCCCCCCCCCCCCCCCCCCCCCCCCCCCCCCCCCCCCCCCCCCCCCCUGAUUGAACCCCCCCCCGCGCGGCCCCUCGGUGCUUGCGACAGGGACCGCGGGGGACCGCGGUGGCUUUGGCAGGGGCCAGAGGAGUCACCCCACAGGGUCACGCUGACGCCAGGCUCUGUGCGCUUGCUGUCCCCGAGGCAGGUGGAGACACCUGAGUCCCCGCUUGUUUAUGUGCAGGGGGGACGACGUGGCUGUGCCCACGACCAGGUGGCCUCGUGCAUCCAGCCCGUCUGCCCGAGGCUGCUGGGAGAGCCCCCCAAAAGCGGCGGGGUGUCCCCUUACACUGGCUUCUCCUGCUGGGCUGUGGAAUUUGCAGGGGAGGGUGGUGGUGGUGGUGGGGAGCGGGGGGUGGAAGAGGANGGGGGGGGAAAGGGAAGGAGGAAAGAGCAGGCAGGGGACGGAGGAGGGGGCGGGCUGGCAGGAGCGGAGUUGCCUGGGGAGAAUGCCAACUCCAUCCCCGGUGCGAGUCCCCCGGGGCUCUGCCGCGCUCCGAUGCAAUCAGGCGGGAGGUGGCUGUCGCUCGGCUCUUGGCGAGUGCCCCCGCUAGCCCAGCAGCCCCAGCCCGGCUCCCUCCCGGCCAGCGGCCGGAGCCGCUCGGGCAAAGGGGGCUUGCCACCGAGGGUUGUGUUUCAGAGCAUCGGUUCCCGGGCGCGGGAAGAGGCGGGAGGAUGGGGGGUGCGCAGCGAUGCCUCCGGGGAGCUCAUUAAAAUCUGCCGGCUCCCCCCUUUCUCCGGCCGGGAGAGGCUGGAUGCGGAGGGAAGGAGGGAGGGACGUGCUGGAAGGAACACGCCGGCAGAGCGCUGCCCGGUGGGGACAGCUGCCGGCCCGGGCAGGAACGCGGCCCCGGGCGCUCACCUGUCGGAGCACGCCGGGCGCGCCGUGCCAGCGAGCCCGGGACAGGGGCCGGGAUCCCCCGGAGCUGGAGCUGCGAGACACCCCGGCCCUGAGCCGGGCUCGGAGCUGCCCGGGUGCCGGGGGCGCUGGGGAGGUUCGGGGGGCUUGGGGCCAUGCCGGGGGUCAGCGGGGCGCGGGCAGGAAGGGGAGUGA